GAACUGAACAAAGUUGGACCUGAGUGGCAUUGACAUUCUAAUGAACACAUCAGAAGACGCUCUAUCGUUAGGGAGCGCACAGGACCGUCUGCAAUAUUUAUUAGUAACCCAUGGAAGAAAAUCCAACGAACUUAAGUCUGAAUGUGAAAAAAUUAGUAAGAAAAUACGGGAUGUCCAUGGCGUUGUAGAUGUGUAUUCUACAGUUCAUAGAGAAAAAAGCGAGGCACGUGUUGUAUUUGUCGUGAGUCACACUGGUGAAAAUUUAAAACAAUAUAUGGAUGAAGCAUUUAAGGGUCGGGACACAAUUGAUUACGUUACAAAGGCUGUUGAUUGCUUCCAAACUUGUAAUGUAGCUGAAUCAGAGGAUAUACAAGAACAAGAUGAGGAAAUGUUACGUCUGUGCAUUUGCAAGAUCUCUAAGGGCUUAUACGUCAAACAUAGUCGUCAGUCUUUUAUUCAAGGAUGCAUAAUCAACCUGGCCGGUGCAUAUGAACUUAGGUUGGUAUUUUAUGUUCAUGCGAAGGGUUAUAUACCUAUUGACGAAGAUCCAUUUGAAAAGUCAUAUGAAGGCAUCCCUGUAUCUGUUCGAGAAGGGUCAUUCGUACCAUUUGGGAAACAUGCCACUGAUUUUCAUGACCAUAUUCGCAUGGGCUGUCAAAUUGAAGGAAAGACUUCCCCGUUGUGGACGAUUUCCAGUUCCGAAACAAACUUCUGAUGUUGAUUAUCAAUUUACAUCCGGAAGGGUGUUUGACAAAGGAAAACCUGAGGGUGUGUGUUGGAAAUUCGGAAGUGUAACAGACUAUACCAGAGGCAAAAUUCUGAAAGCACCAAUAUCUUCAUUUCCAAUAAAAAUUGAGGGGGAGGAACCACUGAAAUAUGAAUUAUACGACCAAAUUAUGGUGCGUUCCAUUGAAAAUAAGCCGUUCGCUCAGAAAGGAGAUUCCGGUGGCCCAGUUUUUGUUAACGACAGCAAUGAUGAAGUUGUUUGUAUCGGAAUUGUUCUAGGUGGUGUAAUUUUCUCUGACAUAGCUCUGGUAACACCAAUAAGUAGCAUAAUGCAGGUAUUAGGUUCAUCCCAACUCCUAUCAUUUAGUCCACCAAAAAUACCAAAGGUUAUAGAUGUAUCACAUCAUGAUGCAAAAUUGAACGGUUGCAAACAAAAUGCCGUUGUUCGUAAACGAGCUCAUGUAAACAAAGGCGCAGAAGAGGAUAAAAAGGAAAUAUUGAAAAAAUCUAGACAAAACGAUCAUACUUGAUAUGUUAUCAAAGCAACGAAGGUUAAUAUUCCGCACAAAAUAUAAAAACAUUUUGAUGAAAUUCUCUAUUAUGUAGCGAUGUUAUACAUAACGACAUCAAAGUUAGUGGUGCGUGCAGAAAAAUCACAUUGUAAAAGAUUAGAACGCCAGUGUCAAGCA